AUGAAUGUUUGCCGAAAGAAAGGUCGUUUAUCCUACUUCAUACGGUCGGAAGUUGAGGCGAAAAACCGUUCGGGCGUCAAUGCCUUACAAUAUGACCAGUGUACAGAAAGACUUUUUACUGCUGGACGCGAUUCUCUUAUCAGAGUUUGGAACACCAAAAAGCCUGCAGACCCUCUGGUUCAUGCCAUGGAGCACCACGCCGAUUGGGUGACAGAUAUUGUACUCUGUUGUGGGGGUAAAAAUUUGAUAUCCGCAUCGAAUGAUACAACUGUUAAGGUGUGGAAUGCAACAAAAGGAUUCUGUAUGUCCACGCUAGGAACACACAAAGACUAUGUACGGGUGCUUGCCUACGCUCAACAUCGUGAAGAGGUUGCCAGCGCUGGUUUAGAUGGUGCUAUAUAUUUAUGGGAUAUUAGAACACUGACCGCAUUAACACCAACUAACAACACUGUUGAAACUCGUCCACUUACAACGAAUGAUGAAAGUACCUACAGCUUAGCUAUGAAUCCACCUGGUACUGUUAUUGUAGCUGGUGGUCCUUACAAACGUAUCUGGGUAUGGGAUCCCAGGUCACGUAGUAAACCGUUUGAUUUACGCAGUCAUACAGAUAGUGUACGUGCUCUUGUUGUUCGAUCCAAUGGUGAAGAGAUUAUUAGUGGUAGUUCAGAUGGAACGAUUAAAAUCUGGUCUCUUGGUAUGCAACGUUGUACAGAUACAAUACGUAUUCAUAGUGAAAGUGUUUUUACACUUCAGGUUAAUAAUAACUGGACAACUAUUUAUUCUGCUGGUAAAGAUCGUAAAAUUUGGGCAACUGAUUUGCAUAAUCCGUGUCAUUCCACACUGAUCGGCGAAGAGACGGAUCCAGUUCUAAGGAUUCUUUUGCAUGAAGGUCAGAAUCAAUCGUAUAUAUGGUCUGCAACAUGUAAUACAAAUGUAUCACGUUGGCCUAUUAAACGUCCUGGUGGAAUAUACGGUCGAACAAUAAUAGAUCAUCGGCAUAAUUAUUCAAAUCAUUGUGCUGAUGUUAAUAAUAAUGUCGCUGCUGCUGGUGGUGGUGUUGGUAAGGAAUAUCCUACGGAUAAGCAUCAAAUAGUGAUGACAAAAUGCGCUGAAUAUCUCACCACUCCAUUGUCUGUAUCAAUAUCAAAUGGUAUUUCAAAUGAUUCGACCAGAGAGGUAGACAAUUCUGAUAAUACUACAACUAUUACUGCUAAUACUAAUAUUAACACAACAACAACAACAACAACUACGAAUAAUACUAAUAAUAAUGGCAAUGAAAGAUACAACCACAGCACAACAUCGCUAAAACCUGAUUUUAUUAUAAAAGGUGGAUCACCAGUUGUACAGUUUCAUAUAUGUCCAGAGAAACGUUUUAUACUAACAAAGGAUAGUGAAGGUGUAGUUGCAGUGUAUGAUGUCUUAAAGGCAUCAAUGAGUGAAUGUUUAGGUGUGGUUUCAUUUGAAGAAGAAAUAAAGAAACGCGAGAAACUCAUCUACGUUCCAAAUUGGUUUAUUGUUGAUUUGAAGUGUGGAAUGCCUAUAAUUCACUUAGAUGAAGGUGAUUGUUUAUCUGCCUAUAUUAAUGCCUCUGAUGCUGGUCUCCUGAAUGAAUUCAGCGAUCAUAAUGAGAAUAAAAACUCGAAUUAUUGUUAUGAUACUAAAAUUAAUUAUGGUUUUGUGCUACUCAGAUCAUUGUUUGCACGUCGGUUACCUGUUGCUUCGGGAAACAAUAAUUUGGACAAUGGUCGUAAUGAACUGGUUGCGGAUCAAAUUUUAGAAAUUCCUGGACAUACUCCAAUCAUACUAAGUGACGGUAGUGGUCGACCACUUGAUCGAUUAUUAGCUCGUGAUGCUUCAUCAUUCAGUGUACGAUUACGUCGGUGUAGUCCAGAGCCGAAAUGGAUUAUGGAAAUUGUAGAAUCUUGUAAGCUGCCCAAACCUGUGCGUAUAGCAUUUUGUCUGGUACCUGCAGUCAUCGAAGUAGACAAUCAAGGACAACAACGUGUUGUACCAAUGAAUUCGUUGAAAAGAGAUUCAUUAGCUGCUAAUGAUGUUCUUUUAAUCCGUAAAGUAAUGGAGCAUGUAUUUCAACGAUUGUAUAAACUGGCGGAUACAUUAACAACUAAUGGUACACUAUCGAAUCCACCAUCACCGAGAUCAGGACAACAUGAUGAAGCAGGAGGUCAGGGAAUGCCGCCAAAAUCGUCUACCACCAAUUCCUCCUCCUCCUCCAAUUGUGGUACCACAUCUGAUCCUCAAACACCUGUAAUGGCACCUUAA